AUGAACCGAGUGUGUCAAACCAUUCCAGAAGUUGAAGAACCUAGAGGAGAUUCUACCCAACCAACAUCAUAUCCAUACAAAAAGAAAGACCCAUCCAAGAGAAUGCGUCUUAUAUUUAACGCUUUGGGCAUAGUUAUAGCGGUACUGGCAACAUAUAUGAUAGUCAGUACUGACUCCAAACUGUACGUGAUAUUCUGGCUCUGCUAUUCUGUUCUGCGGCGACUGAUGGUGAAAUCUAGAAGCCAUUUGAAGACUGAAUAA